UUGAAAGCACUUGCCCAGCCAUGUGUGUCCCUUCCUGAGAGCAGGCAUAGGCAGCAACAAAUUCAAAAUGGGAGGAAGUAGGGGCCUAAAUUGUUUUCUAUCAGUGACCAUCUUGUAACUUUUGUUUUUACCUCUAGUUAAACUAAUCCUUAAGGAAACAGAACGAUAUGCUACGAGUUGUUACCAUUCCUUUUGCAUCUAUCUAUACUACUACAUAAAGAAAAAGAAGCAAAGAAGCAGGAAUAAAAAAGGAAAAGCUAACAAAGUGCAUCAGUAACAUGCAAGCAAGGAACCAUGGAGAGAUGCUUUAAUCUGGGGAGAGAAAGCAAAGCAAAGCAACGUAUGUAGCUCUCAGCCUCAUCUAUCUGUCGAUCUGCCAUAGCAUUCACAGCUACUCCCAAAGCCGGAGCUCUGCUGCCACGACAUCAAAUCAUCUUCAAUUUCGAGCAAGACGACACCACUAUACCAGAUAUCAGAAACAUUUGUGUGGAGCCGAGUAGCUAGUAAUGUAAUCUGCAGGCGAUGGGGGUUAGAUAUGUAUGCCCAAGGCCAACCAUCAUGGUUUUCUUCUGCUGCUGGUAGUAGUGUCAGCUACCACUUUCUUUGGAGAAGAUCAAAAUGGUUCGUCCAGACAGACUGUAUGCAAACGGUCUUGAUGACGCCCCCGGAAAGCUGCUUGAUUUUCUGUUGCACUUAGAGUACACUCGUAGAACUAAAUCAUUCUUCUUUGGUGGCUGGUUCGGCAAUGGUGUAGGAGCCUCUGCUGUUCUUAGAGCCAUAGCUGAACUCCUGAAAUCCGGAAGAAGUGAUCCUGACACGAGGGAACAAUUUGGAAAAAUUAUCCAUGUAGACUGCUCUCUAUGGAAAAAUAGAAGAGCUAUGCAGAGGGCAAUCGCGGAGGAGUUAAAACUUGGACAUUUAAUGCCCAUCUUUGAUAAGCAGGAUGAGGAUGAUGAUUUUAGAGGAAAAGAUGUUCGCUCUAGAGUAGAGAUACCAAGCAUUGCAAGUGAGAUCAAUGCGUCUCUUGGAAACGGAAGAUUUCUAAUGAUUGUUCAUUAUGGGGGAGAAGAAGACAUUGAUCUGGUAGAGUGUGGCAUUCCAAAUCCUGAAUUUGGACCAUAUGCUUUUGGAAAGCUGUUAUGGAGCGGCCAUGGAAGAUUUCAGCUCCCAGACAGAAAGGGGAAUUUAAAGUCCAGUCUUGAUUGUUUUCAAAAGAUUGAUUUAUAUCCUCGUAAUGUUGGUUCCAGUGAACUACUGCAUCAUUUAUUUCACAAAGAAGCAGACGAAGUGAUUGAUUACACCGGCAUGGAUGAUGUCAGCCCAACAAUAGCUUUGGAUUGCUUUUUGUACUCAAUGUUCCUGAGAUAUCGACAAUGGAGGCGUAUCAUUGUUGAGUAUGAUUGGGAAACUCAUGCUUGCAACUACUGGAUAUGUGAUGGCAUCCUUCAAGGGGACAGAGCCUAUGAGGUUGGCAGUGCAUUGUAUGGAGUGAUACAGAUGGUGCGCUAUCUAACAAUACAUAUGCAGAUGUAUUUGUCCGAGCACAGAAAACAAUAUGAAAGAUGGGUUUCAAUCACCUCCAGCAAACUAGGAGCACAAAAUAUCUCAGCUGUUCCUGCUAAAGCAUCAUCCUAUUUCCUCACAUGUGAGAGAGAUGGUCAGCUAGAACUAGCAAAUGAUCUGUUUCAACUGGCCAGCAACCUCCGCGUGCUAAAACUUUGCAGGUGCAACUUUGAUUUUGCAUCCCCUCCUUUCCGAUGCUGCCACAGCCUAAGAUUCCUUUGGCUUGAUCAUUGCACAAACUUAGGGAAGGAGCAAGGAGGAGGGCUAUGUUUACCGAACCUAUUGGUUCUUGACAUACGCUUCACAGAUUUUGUCUUGUUGGCAGAGAUGAUAGAGAUGAUGACCAAUCUCAUGGAGGUAAAUACCAAGGGUGUCUCAUGGAGGACCAUAAGUCAUGCAUGGAAAAAGCUACAGAAUCUUCACAAGCUUCGGGUAACUGAAUCCUCGGACGUGAUCACAGUGGACACUUGUUGUUCCAUAGAUAUGAUGAAUCUGGAGCUCCUUGACUUGUCGGGUAACAUUCAUAUGGAAUCCUUGCCUGCAAUGUCAUCAGCGGCAAAUUUGAAGAUGCUUGUUCUUGAUGGUUGUUCUAGCUUGGAGCAUGUUGCACUCGAGGGAGCCCCUCCACUGCUUGAGAGUUUUAGCUUCGAUGGUUAUGGCCCGGCAGAGAAGUGGACACAUCCUAUACAGCUACCAAAAGAGAAACUACGGCCCAAGUCUCGCUCUGCUUUAGUUCAAGAAGCCCAGGUGAGAAGGAUCUCGCUAAAGGGAUGUGCUCGAUUGCACAACAUGUUCUUGCGUGCAUUGCCCAAUCUUGAGGAGAUGGACCUCUCUGGCACAGCCGUUAAAUCACUUGACCUCAGUGCAAUGGAUAUCCCGCAGCUCAAGAAGAUAUUCCUUGUGGGCUGUGAGCAACUCCGUAGCCUAGCCUGGAAUAAAAGAAACCGUUCAUUGGGAGUUCUGCAUGUAGACACUCGGGGGAAGGUUGCAUCAGCUAUUUACUCUGGAGAACAGAUGCCCUCUGCCUAUGAGGUAGUUAUGGCUUUUUCAGAUGGAAGGUUCAUUUGUUCCACCAUAAAUGGACUCUAUCGGAUUAUUCCGAUUAACACCAAGGUGUACCUCCAUAUCUCUUCUACGCACCAAAGCCAAGUAAAUGUCACCAGAGGUAUCAAGGAGAUUGGGCCUAGCCCAGAGGGUUUGGUUGCAACGGGGACCUUCUUACCAUACAACGAUAUUGUCAUUAACAAGGAUAUUGUAACUUGCUCGGCCUUGCUGUGGGACCACCGACAACUUUAUCCUUUGGGUGUGCAUAUCGAGAUUGGUGAAGGAAGCCACCAUUUAGACAAUAUGAAUGACAACGAAGCUUUCAUUGGUUUCAUGGAGCAUAAAGUUAAAUCAUUGCAUGUGCAUGACAAUAUCUCAGUCACAACUCUCCUCCCAGGGGCACGCAGAUGUUGGGCCCGUCUAGAAUGGAGUCAUGUUGAGAGGUGUCCCAAGCUGCAUACUGUAUUCCCUAAUUGGGGUGGAUACAGGAGCUUUCAGUCAAUAAAGAUAUUUUCUGCAUCUGAUCUCCCGAUGGCCUAUUGCAUCUGGGGCACAUGCACUGAGUAUCACGCAGUUCAAUUUGAAGUGCUACAGCACAUAUACUUGCACAACUGCCCUAGGCUGGAGACCGUGCUUCCCAUUUCCUCCACAUUUCCAAACUUGGAGACCAUUCAGAUUGCAUAUUGUGGUAACCUCCAAUGUAUUUUCCCACUGAACGACAAGUGCCCUCAAGAUAUAGCAUCUGGUGUCACAUUCAGUAAGCUAAAGCACAUCAAGCUAUACCAUCUUCACAAGCUAGAGCAGAUAUGCGAGGCCAGGUUAACCGCCCCGGCGUUGGAGACCAUCAGCCUCAGGGACUGUUGGGCCCUAAGACGCCUACCGGCCGUGUCAUGCCAAGGUCCCAAGCCAGUGGUGGACUGCGAAAGGAGGAGGUCGGCCUACAUGGACCAUCCAUCAGUCUAUUAAUUGGUGUUACAAUUAAGUUGUGAUCUCAUUCCCAACUCUCUCAAAGUGUGUUUUGCUUGCAACGACAGCAAAAAUCCUCUCAAGUGUGUUUCGCAUUGGCGGUCUGUUUGUUACAAGCUCCAUCUGCGGUGCCGCUUUCCUCAGCAAGCUAUACCUGAUGUAAGCAGCUUAUGGAUUGGUGUGUCAACCAAGCAAGCAGCACUGGGUUGCUUGCUUGCUUGGUUUGUCCAGCUCCAGCUAGGUGUGGUGUUCACGAUCAAGCUGGCUGCCUGCCUGGCCUCUGUUGGUUUGUAAUAAAAGGGUUGUUUGUGCCUGUCGUGUGCAUCAACCAUACAACCUAGCGUCUGUGUGUGUGCGCGCGAUUGAUGGACCAUAAACUCAGCUUUGUGUUUGGUCGAUUCGACAAGAAACAUUAUUACUAUCGUGAAUUUCUGUUAAUCAUAUGGUAAUUUGCCGUUGUAUUGAA